UAAAAUAAAAAUUUUAACAACACAAAAUUGAAUUGCCGUAAAAGGAUCACGGAGAACGUGAUAGAAACUAGAAUCACAGAACAUACCCCCUUUAGGGGGGAUAUUUUGUGACUAGAAUCGAUUUAAUAUCUUCAUGUACCUCUGGUUUACACCUUAACCUAUUUUAAACGUCGAAAUCAUAUGUAAACUUUGCACUACCUAAUAAGUUAUUUUAUUUAUUUGUUGUGACAUUGGCCCUUCAUCCAUAAAUGCUUUGUAGCAUUCAUAACUCAGCUUGUGUGAUAAAGGAUAAUAGUACAAAAUGAAAGACAAUAGUUGUGUUAAUAAACUCUUAAAGAGAAACUCAAAUAGUUGCAGUGGAACCAAAUUCAAUAAGCUGACUUUGGAAACACUCAAAAAGUUUGAUGUAGAUUUGGAAAAAGUACAAAGUGAAGUGGUUGUUUUGAACGUUGGAAUCAUAGACUAUGAGGAAAAGAGUGCCCCGUCUGUUUUCGGCGAAAAGAAGGCCAUAUCUUAUUUGCUAAGCUUUGUAAUUUACAACAUCGAAUUUCGAGCAAAACUAAUGACUUUUGAAUAUAGCACGAGGUCAGAGCUUUUGAAAUUGGACCUAGCUUGUGAGACGUUAAAUGUUCAAAAGGAACUUAAAUAUUGUUGUAACUCCCUCCAGAGGAGGCGAAAUCUUAACUUAAUGUUUGUGAGCCUUAUAAAAUUUUCAAGAUAUUUGGAGUCCCGACGUUUAAUAUGCGAUGUUAUUUUUAAAAAGAGCGCAAACAUUGAGACUGAAGAGAAUAAGGAUGGAGGCAAAAUUAUCAUCUACUCAAAUAACACCAAAUGCCUUAAACUUGCAGUAUUCUGGAAUGUUGAGUGCAAUUCACAAUAUGAAGUAGUGGAUAAAGUGGAGGCUUAUUAUAAAGUUGAAGAACUAUCUAACCGAGAUGAUAUCAGAAAUACUUUAACACAACUUACCGAACCUUUCCUGGAAUUUAACCAAAAAUAUCAUCUAUGGAAAAAUCUAUUAAAGUUACUCUCUAAAGACUCUUCAAUCGUUCAUGUGGAUUGUGCAUGCCCGAGCCUUGAGAGCGUUGAAGAGAAUUGCUCAGAGGCAAGUACAUUCGAGGGUAUUUCAAUAAUAAGACAUCCAUAUUUAACAUCUGAGAGAUAUAAAAUCAAGGUUGAAAAAGAGGAACCUAUUGAUGAACUCGAUAUAACACCAUCUUCUAAAUAUCUGCCUGCUAUGGCCAGCAGCUGGACCCCAAUGGAUACAGUUCAAUCCGAUAAUACAGAUGUGAGAUUGGUGUCAGUUAGUAAAACAAACGUGACUGGCAAAGAUGACUUUUCAAAUCUAAAUGUGUAUAAAGGAUUGCUUAAAGACCAGUUUGUUGUCGGGAGACCAAGUUGUUCCAAAGUUUCGAGAUCUUCCCCAAACGUCGGAACUUCCAAAGCUCCUAAUUUAUAUAAAGACAGUCACAAUCCAAUUAGCCGAUAUCCAAAUCAAAGUAUUUCUGACUGCAGCAUCGUUUCGAUAGUUUCAUAUAAUAACACACGAAACCCAUCAAUUAGUAUAAGCGAUAGUGAUAUGGAUAGUGUCAUUUUACUUCCAUCGGAUAACGAAGUCAGCUCAACUUCAUGCAGGAAGAGAAAUGCCUGCACUUGUAAUCAUUUAAGUAAGCAAGGUGGUAGUAGUUCUUAUAAAUCUAACACUGCAACUUUUAUGGAAGUCGACGUAUGUAUACCUAAAAAACGCAAAACUACUGAUGAUGAUCUGGAAAUUACCAGUGUUACUUACGUUAUUCCAGAUUAAAAGGUUUCGCUUGUUGUGGCAAAUUGUAUAAAAGUACUGUAUAUACUCAUAAUAUAGUAUUUGUUAUUAAAUAGUUUAACUUAAAAAGGGCGUUAGAAAAAGGAAUUAAUCUACUCUUUACGAUAGACUUAAUUUACAAAAAGAGAACAGUUCAAAUUCAAAUGUUAAUCUGGUAUCUUACUUACUACUACACACUUAACUAUAUUAUAACACGAAUUAUUUUUAAAGCCAAUUACGUAUGCUAAAUUAUGCUCGAUACAUUCGUUUGAAUACUGUUUUGUUAUGUUGUUCAAUGAAAGUAAAGAUUUAUUUCCAUUAUUCAAUAUAACAAUAAUAUUUAUUGUUUUAAUUAUAUGUGUUAUGCUAAAAAUGUUUAAAUGUACUUGGGCGAAGAGCAAAUGAAAUAGUAUUUAUUUGGAACAGGAAUGUUUUGGUGUCAGACGUUGGAAUCUAUAUCAAAGUAACAUCUAGUAAUGCGAUUAUAAAACUUUGAACUAUAUUAAAAAUAAUAUGUAAGGUAUUUUGAUAGCCGCAACCUGAAAUAAACACAAUUCAUUAAAUUAUAUUGUCAGUGUAGUAGAAUAUUUCAAAAAGUUGUUAUUUAAUGAUGACCCCCAAAACAAAAAAAUGCUUUCACUAAUUGUAAUUUCAUUAUACCUGUAUUGUCUCAAGUAACUAAUGCAAUAGAUAAAUUGUUACUUGGCUAAAUUAUCAAUAUAUGUUUUACUUUAAUAUAGUUAUAGUUUCAG